UAGUGUGGACGGGAGACGACAAGGUCUUUUUCUUCAAUCCCACAAUGCACCUGUCAGUAUGGGAAAAACCGGUGGAUCUGAAAGACCGUGGAGACCUCAACCGCAUCAUAGAGGAUCCGCCACAUAAACGCAAAAAAGACUCUUUAGAUGAUGACUCUCCUUUCGCUGAUGAUGAUGAUACAGAUGAAGACUGUGGAUCGAAGAGCAAACGCAACAAACUGGAGCACACUCUUGAAUGUGAUGAACUGAGUGGAGACAAAAGCGAACAGAAGGGUUUUUCUUUAUCAUCUGAUCAGAUGAGUCUACCGCUGGAGCUUCGAAUCGGCCACUUUAGAGACAUGCUUCUGGAACGAGGGGUGUCUGCGUUCUCCACCUGGGAGAAGGAAUUACACAAAAUUGUCUUUGAUCCGCGUUACCUGCUGCUGAGUCCAGAGGAACGUAAACAGAUUUUCGAUCAGUUCGUCAAAGCAAGAAUGAACGAGGAGUACAAAGAGAAAAAGUGCAAACUUCAGCAAGCCAAGGAGGAAUACAGAAAACUGCUGGAGGAGUCGAAAGUCACGUCCAGAUCAACAUUCAAAGAGUUUUUGGAAAAGUACGGGAAAGAUCCGCGCUUCAAACAAGUUGUGAAGAGGAAAGACCAGGAACUGUUUUUUACCCAGUUCAUCAGCACGUUGAAGAAACGGGAUAAAGAAAACCGACUGCGGCUGAGAAAGAUGAGAUGAGGAUUCGUCGGCAUUGAAGUGAAUUCUUCAGAUUCAUCACACGGGCGGAAGCAGUGUUUUGGUGAUAAUAUCACUCCGUAUGUGUGACCAGAUGAUGGGGUGAAACCUACGGCGGCGUUGUUUUUUGCUUUCAAAUGACUGAUUUUCAAACAAAACAAAACAAAUGCCGAACCAGCACAAUCUGGCUUGAUGGAAGCGGCUUUAGGAAUCGCGGCUUGCGAAUUAACUCCAUACAUCUGAAUGUGUUUCAUAUUGAAGCUCUUAAUCUCCAGUACGAGUUUAACAAGGCGUCUGAAUCGCAAUGCCGAACACGACUACUCUGUUUGACUCGACAAAUGUACACAGCACCACAUAAAGCCAUUGACCUGUGCACACAGGUAGAGAAUGAUUUUUAAUCAUUGUAAAUAGAUGUCGAUUAAUUGGCGCUGUGCUAUAAAGUGACUGUAAAAGUGAAAGAUUUCCUUUAAUGGAUACGAUUCUCCAGUGAAUCAAUAAGUGAUGUUGUGCAUUGAUGGGUCUCUUGUCUACCGGUUUGUUGUAAUUCAAUUUGUCAUGAUAUUGUAAAAUUAAAGUUUGGCAAUGCAGAAAAAAGUGAAUUUCCUUUAAGAAAAAUAAGAGCUUGUGGAUUCCGUUCAUCGUAAUGAGAUAAAUGUGAAACAGGUGAUCAUUUAAAAUGAUGAUCUUAAUUCAAUAAUCAAAUUCUUUAUUCAUGAGGCCAUUAAGUUGUCAGUCUAUUCAUUUAAUACACAAUGUGUCGUAUUGUUACCAUGUAACAAUUACGAAUAUUUGGUCAUA